CCGGGGCGCAGGCCGCGGCCCGGGCCCCCAGGAUGCUGAACGUGCCGCCUCAGGCCUUCCCCGCGCCCGCCUCCCAGCAGCGGGUGGCGGCGGGCGGCCGCGCCAAGGACCGCGGUUCUUUAACCCUGUCCCCUGCUGUUAGAGUUUGGAUCAGAGGGGUUCCCAGUCUGCGGUGCUGUCGAAAAGGAAGGUGCUAGGCACCCUGAAGAUCUUGCUCUGCCUUUCAGGGCAGGAGGCCGUGGCUAAUACAUCCCUGGUACCUUUAAAACCAGGAAGGAGUCUUAUGGAUUGGAUUCGACUAACUAAAAGUGGGAAGGAUCUGACUGGUUUAAAAGGGAGGCUAAUUGAAGUGACUGAAGAUGAGCUUGCUAAACACAACAAAAAGGAGGACUGCUGGAUAUGUAUAAGAGGAUUUGUAUAUAAUGUGACACCGUACAUGGAAUAUCAUCCUGGUGGUGAGGAUGAACUAAUGAAAGCGGCAGGAACUGAUGGUACAGAUCUCUUUGAUCAGGUUCAUCGCUGGGUCAAUUAUGAAUCGAUGCUGAAGGAAUGUCUUGUUGGGAGAAUGGCUGUCAAGCCCAUUGCUGCUCCAAAAGAGAUUUCUUCUACUCUGUCUGAAGAGAAGAAACAGCUUAAUGGUAUGCUUCCUGAGAAGAAGGCACUGGGUGCUUCUGCUAAAGAUUUAACUCCAAGUUAUGACUGGUUCCAAACAGACAGUUUGAUCACUAUUGUCAUAUAUACUAAGCAGAAGGAUAUGAACACAGAGUUGGUGAUAGUUGACUGUCAAGACAAACAAUUAAGAGGAGAGAUCAUCGUGGAUGACCACUCAUAUCUUAUAGAAGUUGAUUUGGAUCAUGGAGUUCAAGAAGACAUGACUGUAACUAUUGCUGAGAAAGUUGGGAAAGUACAGAUUACUUUAAAGAAAAAGGAUAACAUUCAUUGGAAAAUGCUGGGACAACCCUUGGAGUGUCAUAAUACAUUUAUCAAAUGCACAGACAGAGGACUGUUCUACAGAAAAUGCAAGUUGGUUUCUAAGACGGAAGUUACCCACGACACCAAGCUUUUGUGUUUAAUGUUGCCUCAGAGCACACAUCUGCGUGUUCCCACCGGACAACAUGUUUACCUCAAACAAAUCAUUGCAGGGACAGAGGUAGUAAAACCAUACACACCUGUAUUGCCUUUCUUGUCACUGGAUUUCAAAGAACCAUCUCGCCAGGAUGGUGCAUGUAUUUAUUUAAUGAUUAAAAUUUAUUCCUGUGGACUGUUCACACAGGCACUUGACCACCUGCAGAUUGGAGACUAUAUUUCUGUUAGCAAUCCUGAAGGUAACUUCAAGAAGUCACAGGUUCAAACUUCAGAAGAUCUCUUUUUAUUGGCGGCAGGCACAGGCUUCACACCAAUGGUUAAGCUGCUGAACUGUGCUCUGACUGAAGUCAGUUGCCUCCGGACAGUGAAGCUGAUCUUCUUCAACAAAACAGAAGAUGACAUACUUUGGAGAAACCAACUGGAGCAAUUAGCUCUUAAAGAUGAAAGGUUUGAGGUUCAAUUCAUUCUUUCACAACCAACAAAGGACUGGGUGGGUAAACAAGGGAAGAUUUCUUCAUCUCUUCUCUCUGAGUCUGUGAAAAGAAGCAAAAAAGACUCCAAAGUGCUUAUCUGCAUCUGUGGUCCGACACCUUUUACAGAACAGGGAGUACAAUACCUGAAGGAUCUUGGAUACUCCCAAGAAGAGAUACAUGCUUUUACCGCAUAAACUGUUAUGAGGAUAUCCAUGUUUGUUUGUAUAAUGAAUUUUAUUUAUUUUCCUUCAUGAAUUUAAAUAAGUGAAUGGCGAUUUUGUAAGACUUGAAAUUUCACUCUUGGUACCAAACUGUUUCUUGGAAGAAAUAUAUCUUUGAAAAAAAUUUAUACUGUGUUUUAUCUUGGUUUUGUAAAUAUUUUUGCUAAUACUUAAGUCAUCCAGGGUAUUAAUUUAUUGUAAAGGUAAGCAAAAAUGUAUAGUAUACAUUAUGUAAGAUAUUUCAUGUUGUUGGUUCAUGAGACUUCUUAAAUUUAUGACAAGCACUGAUUUAGGUUUUGAUUUGAAAAACUUAUUAUUUCUUACUGUAAAAAGUCUUAAGAGCAAUACCAUCUGAAAUUAAAUAUUGCACUGUAACUCAGGUAACCGGUCAUUGAAAAUGUUCUUUUUCAUGUGAUAUCUUUAUUUGACUUGCAAGUGAUUCAGAUACAUUUUUGGCUUUGUAAGCAAAGAAUAAAAGUACCUUUGGUAAAAUAUAAAAUUGAUGUCAUAUAAUUAAAAAAUAAUAAUUUUACAUUA